AUGCCGUCGAGACAAUCCACUGUUCCGAAUUUAGAUCUCAGCACUUCCACCCUGCAGACGAAUAAUGCGAAGAUCUCGUCUCCACUAACGCCUGGUGCCCAAAGCUCAGAUGGACCGAGUCCCCUGACGCCCCGUUCCCCUAAGUCUCCCUCUAGUCCGCCUUUCUUCAAAGGGGCCACCAUUCGCCCUGUCACACAAGAGUCCAACAACAAGUCGGAUAGCGAUCUUGCUCCGGUGUCUCCAGGUCUGACGGCCGAACCACCUACGCCGGGCUUCACGGCCAUACCUCAGUACCCUCCCUCUCCCAGGGACUCUCCAAAACACACUCGCGACACCUCACGUUCCUUUUUUGCGAACCUCAAGGCACCAAAAUCCUCGCACAAGUCCCAGAAGUCCGACAGCUCGACAAACUCUAUUGAUAAACCCAAGAGCCGCGGAAGUUCCAGAGAUCGCAAAACCCGAGUCGUGUCUAAACUGUACGAGUCAACUCCAGAUCUUCCUGGUACGAUCGAGCGCGCUGCGAAGCAAGAGCAUAACGGUGUGGCCCCUGAAGAAAAGAAUCCGUCAGGGGCAGAAAUCAAGAAGGUUGGAACAGAGGACCUUGGCCAGCCUAAGAAGAAUAAAGCCCGGUUUGCCAACCUUCUGUCACGCUCUCGCUCCAUAAGAUUGGAUGAGUCUUCCGCCAACAGAAUAGCGAAUCGACGACCAUCUACCAGUUUGAUGCGACUUGAGGAGAGCACCAAGCGAGAGAUGCAAGAUUCUGUGAAAUCAGCUUCUUCACGCCAGGAGAGUGGCCUGAAGCCAACCCCAGCCCCAACCGCCCGCAGCCGUACACCCGAUCGACCUUCAGAGUUUGGCGGUCCUGUCCGGAGGGAACGAUAUGGCGGAUCAAUGGUUCCUUCGGCAUCUUUGAGCCAAGUGUCGGGCGCUUCCGCCGCGUUGUUCAACAACUUGAAACAAUCAUCCAGCGGUGCUGCGGAUCGGAUCGGCAAAGCAGGCAAGGGGUUCCUCGGCAAGAUCACCAGAAGUGGCAGCACGAAUGAGCGUGAGCUUUUCAAUGAUGAUAACUAUGUGUGCACCGUGAUCAAUCUACCGCUCAUCAAACAAGCACGACGGACCCGUAUCGCAAAACGACUGGAAGAUUGCCGGGACAAGACUGAGUUCUGGAUGCCGGCAUUGCCGUAUCGCUGCAUAGAUUAUCUCAACUUCAAAGGCUGCGAGGAAGAGGGUCUAUAUCGCGUCCCUGGUAGCGGCAAAGAGGUCAAGCAUUGGCAGCGGCGCUUUGACACAGAGCUUGAUGUCAACCUCUUCGACGAACCAGAUCUUUACGAUAUCAAUACUAUCGGUUCCAUGUUCAAGGCCUGGCUCCGCGAACUCCCCGACGAGUUGUUGCCCAAAAAAACCCAGGCCAUGAUCGCGGAAAAGUGUGAGGGCGCAACCACGGCCCCGCAACUACUGAAGGACGAGCUCUCCAAACUCCCGCCAUACAAUUAUUACCUCCUCUUCGCCAUCACCUGUCAUCUCAACCUCCUGCAUUCCUAUGUUGACCAAAACAAGAUGGACUAUCGCAAUCUUUGCAUCUGCUUCCAACCAUGCAUGAAGAUCGACGCAUUCUGCUUCAAUUUCCUCGUCUGCGACUGGAAGAACUGCUGGCAAGGCUGCUGGACAGAGAAGGAGUACCUCCAGAUCGAGAAAGAGAUGGACGAGAAGGAGAAAGCUGCGCGGGAACAGGCAAACAUGCCACCACCUCCUUCCAGCUCCGAUGAGAGAGCCAUAUCUUCGUCUGGUAGCAGCCAGGCUGCGGUGGAGGUGGAGGAGGAACCAGCUCGUCCCCAGACGGCGACAGCCAAACCGAAGAAGCAGAAACCGAAGAAUAUUGAAACUACGCACACGCGAAGUAUUUCCCAGCUUCCCGAGCUUGGACCUCCGCUAUCUCCUAUCCAAAUCUAG